AGUAGCAAUGCGUGGGCCAGUCAAUGUUCCAUGCACCCACGCCAAUCAAACUGCAUAGGGCAAGAGAAAGGAGGGCAAUAAAAGGGCACUGUCUCUGCCAGACAGAAACAAGCCCUCACUGCAAGAGGACAUGUGAAGCACGGCAACUUGAGGCGUUUCCCAUUCCAAAUCAAGAACAGGCUCUGGAGCUGAAACAAGACCCAGGCUCCAAUAAAGUGGAUUAUUUCCAAGCAUUUGAGAAGCUUCAGACAGCUGCAGCUAGGAUGAGAAGUCUCACAGUCCAGGGUGAAAGAAGAACAGGGACAAAAUCAAAACUGCUUCUUACCUAGAACUGAGCUGAAUGCCCUUUUCCGAUGAGCCUAAAGGAUAUAAACAAUAUUGCCGAGGUCUCUUGGAAGAACUGCCCAGAUGACACGAUGCUUGAAGAAAACCUAGUUUCGAUGCUUUUUAGCAGACCCAAGUGCACAGAAGAUUUUGCAGAAACUAACGAGGGCACAUCAAAUAUUUCGGGGCUUCGAGACAGCUUGGACCAAGUCCAAAUGAGCAACUGUAGCGAAUAUCCCCACUCGAGCAAUGACAGCUCAACAAGUCAGAGUUCCUGGCAGGACCACUUUGUCAGUCUAAAGCAGCAGAUGGCCAGGCAGAAGGCAGAGUACGAGACUAAGAUUUCAAGCCUGGAGCAACGGAACAAAGAAUUGCAGUUAGAGAUUAAAGAUCUGCGUUCGAAACUGGGUCAGCAACGGAAGUGGCAUUGCUUGGUGGAAAUUAAAAUGCGCAACACAGAGAGGGCACACAAAGAUGCGGAGAGAAGGAAUGAAGCACUUCAGAGGGAAAUGGAAGAGUUUUUUGAUACUUUUGGAGAAUUAACACAUGAAGGAAAGAUAACAGAGCAAAUUGGCCAGAGCUUCUAGGGAGUGACUGGCCUUGAUUCUGGCUCCCCUGCUGCCGCCACUCCCAUUUUCUUACUACAUCCAAAUGUAAAAGGUGGAAAUCCUGGACUUUUCAGAGCAAUAUAACAUACUAUGAUUAUAUAGGAUUCUUCUUGCUUAUAUUUUAAAAUAUUUCUAUAUGUUGUAAAGUAUGUUGUGCAAUGCUUAAUUCAAACAGUUAAUGCAGAAUUCAGGGUUACACACUAUGAUACCAUUGACCAUGGCAGGCUGCUGGAUUGGCUCCGUGGCAUGAAUUUGGUGUGGGGGGUGGCAUUGGUUCUAGUUGCAACGUUGUGCCCAGAAAGUAGCAUUGAGAAAAUGUUCCUUGGGCCCACGGCAGUUACGUUACAGGAUCCCAUAAGGCACUCUUUUAUCCCCAAUGCUAUUCAGCACUAAAUGAAGCCGAUGAGAGCAGGCAUUUGGCAUUUUGGAACAUGGUGCCGUUCAUAUGCUGAUGAUACUCAGCUCGGUUUUUCCAUUGCAUGUGAUUUAGGAGCAGCAGUGAAAGACUGGGACUAGUGCCUGGAUGCAGUGAUGGGCUGAGUCUGAACUAUGGGAAGACAGAGGACUUAUGGGUAGGUAGUUCUUUGAUCUGGGAUGCAGGCCCAAUUACCUGCCCUGGAUGGGGUUGCACUCCCUCUGAAGGAGCAGGUACUGUACAUAGUUUGAGUAUGCUGCUUGAACCACCAUUGUCACUUAAAUCUCAGGUGGCCUUUGUGGCUAUUAGUGCCUUUUAUCAGCUUCAGCUGAUAUGUCAGCUACAGCCAUUCCUGGAUAGGGGUAACGUGAACACUGUAGUUCAUGCUUUGGUAACAACCGAGCCCUGAUUACUAAGAGACCUGCACUGACUUUCCAUUUUCAGGUUCACAGUUCUUGUACUCGUGUACAAAGCCCUGAAUAACUGAGGCCCAUGAUACCUUAGGGAUCUCCUUACCCUAUGCACCCCAAGUUAACCACUGAGGUCAUCCAGGAGAACAUGACUAUGGGCCAGAAGCAUGACUCAUGUCAAAGAGGAGUUAUGCUUUCAAGAGUCCAACUCUAUGGCACUCCUUCCCCCAGGAAGUUAAGACAGGCACCAGCCCUACUGAGUUUCAGAUGCAUGAAAGCUUUUGAACCCUGAAUGCUUCUCAAUAUAACUUCCUACUUUUAAUUAAAAAACAAUCCUUUGAGAGUUUAAAUUCUGGAGAUUUUAAAUUUUGGAGGUCUUUUCUUUCCAGGGGACAAUCCCCUAUCAUGGGGUAUAGUCUGCUAUCUGUAUUACUGCAAUGAUGGGCAACAUGGAUAAAGAGAAUGAAGACCCAUUCA